AUGGCAGAAGGAAUCAGAGGAAGGAGACUGCUCCAGCCCAUGGUAGUGCUGCUCAGCCUGCGUCCUCAAGAGGAAAUCCCCGCUGAAGUGAUUGCAGAGAGCAUCGCAUUGGUGCAGAAACAACAGGAGGCCCUAAUGGUAGAGCUGACUAGUUCGGAGUUGGCUCUUUUUGAGGAUGCAGAGGCAAAACACUCCACUGCUAUUCUGGCACCUGAGAAACAAGUGGAGCAGUUUGUAUCAGAGUCUGUGGAGCAGGCAGAACUUCCUGUUGCAGCCCCAUAA